GUUAAAAUAAGCUCAAGGAUGCAUUUGAUUCAAAUUCAUAAAGUGAUCGAUCAAAUGAUCUCUUCAUUUCGUCGUUUCGGCAUCUGGCAUGGACAAGACGCUGCUACAGUUAGCCAACAGAGAUUGAAGUCGUUGUAUUUCAUCUAUUAUCUGUUCUUUUUCGCUUCAUUUUUAAUUGGAGCGGCUACAAAAGAAUCCCUAGAUGAAAGCAUUUUUUUAGCGGAAAUGGCCAUCGUUAUUACAGUUUUGACGACUAAAAUUUGGAUGCUACUUUGGAAACAGAAGGAAAUUAUGGGAUUGCUGAAUCGAACGUGUGUCUUCUUAAUUCGAUAUGAUGAAGAGUUAGCAUUUUUCAAUGACAAAGUGGAAAAAUUAAUCAAAUUUGUGGUUGCAUUCGGCUAUGUUACUGCUGUUGCUAUGUCGGGAAAUUCAAUUUUUCCCUUUAUUGGAAAACAAAAACGACUGAUUGUGGACAUUGCGUUUCCGUUGGAUUGGAAAAAUAGUGAAAUCGGAUUCUGGCUGGCGUACUUUUUCUUUCUUACCGAAAAUAUUCUGUCAUUCCCGGCGAUAGUUAUUGUGACCGCCAUAAUUUGGUACUUAUUGCUGCAUUGCUCCUUGAGAUAUAAAAUUCUAGGGACGGAUAUAAGGAACAUGGGACGAAUCGUGGGUAAGCUAAAAAUGACGGAAAAGGAACGACAGACCAUUUUUCAUCGGGACUUACUGGAGGCGAUUAAGGGCCACCUUUACUUAAGAGAAAUAAUCGACGAAGUGGAAUCCUUUUUAUCAAAAUUAUUUCUGUUACAAUUCGCCAUCAGCGCCGUCUGUAUUUGCAGUGCAAUUUAUUGUUUGGCAUUCGAUAUCAGUGUCAACUUUGUGCAACGCUUAGUGCAAAUCUAUGCGUUUCUUUACGUCAUUGCCGAACUGUUUAUGAUAACGUACUUUGGGAAUGAUAUUAAACUGUAUAGCAGCCGUCUUACAUACAGUUUAUUCGAAUGCAACUGGGUCGAACAACCACUGGCGACCAAGAAAUGCAUACUCGUUUUUGGUGAAUAUUUGAAGCGAUCGCAUGAGGUGCUAAUUGGAAAAUUGUAUCCACUAACUUUGGACACAUUUGUUAGAAUUUUAAAUUCGUCUUACACCUUGUUCAACGUCUUACAAAACCUUAAACAAUAG